UGCUUAAUUAGUGCAUUCCAUUUUUUACUUAUUAAGAAUAAUAAUAUGUUUGACCUUUCAUAUUCUAACCAUAACUGCAUAAGGAAUUAGAAUAUAUUUUAAUUAGCCAUACUAUCAUUUUGAUGUUGGAGGAGAGAUAUGUGUAUGGGAUGAUAUUAUUUAAAUAGUCUAAAAUACAUUUCGAAAUAUAAUUGUUAGAUCAAGGAGAAUGGAAAGAUGAUGAGGAAAUUUAUUAAAAUAAAAAGAUCCUAAUAUAAAGCGAUUGGAAUGAAGAAUAUUAUUCAGAGAGAUGAUUUAAAAAAUAAGAAUGAUAACCAAAAUUCUACUCUAGUCAAUAUGGAUACGAAAUUGUAAUUUGGAGGGAUGGAAAGAUG